AUGUUCCAGAGUAAACAUGUAAACAAGUGUGAUAAUGUUGACAUGGAUUGGACGAGGAUCAAUGAACUUACUUGCAAGUAUGAGUUCAAGUACCUGAUAGGUACAUCUUCAGUGUGUCUAUCAGCCUUUCUACUGGUUCUUGGAAUCCCUAAAUCAACGUACUAUAGUAUUCAGAAAAAGUUUUAUGAUGGAUCAGUUGUUAUCAAUAAAAUUGGUAAUCUUCUUGGUAGAAUGAAUGCUUCUAGCCAAAGUGCAAUGACGUGGUUGCAUAUGUAUGCCAUCCAAUUUGGUGAGAAAUUACCCAACCAGGAGAAAAUACACCUACCACCAUGUGUGACCAAAAGGUCAAUUUACAGGAAUACAUUGAUAUGA